GAAGAAGAAAAAUCUAAGCGGGAGGAGCUGGAAAAAAUCCUGGAGGAGAAUAACCGCAAGAUCGCCGAGGCUCAGGCCAAGCUGGCUGAGGAACAGUUGCGUAUUGUGGAGGAGCAGAGAAAGAUUCACGAGGAGCGCAUGAAGCUGGAGCAGGACCGUCAGAAACAGCAGAAGGAGGAGCAGAAAAUCAUCCUCGGCAAGGGCAAGUCCAGGCCCAAGCUCUCCUUCUCCCUCAAGGCCACCGAAUGA